GGACUGACAAGUGAGGAUCGCGUUUCCGUUUCGCCGUCGACGUGGCCAACGUCUUCCAGCGCUUUCCUUCUUCUUCUCUUUCAUUGUGUUUUCUUAUUUCUCGGCCUGAGGCCGGUUGUCAUCGUCAGGAGGCAAACGAAAAGCGGAAGACAGGCGGCGAGACAACGGACGAGUACGAGCCGCUCCGAAUUCGAAACCACCACCAUUCGCACACGAAAUGGCCAUGUCAGCCCCAGUACCACGUCCGACGCCGCCCAGUGGGCGCAGGAACACGCUCAGCUCCCCGACAAGCGCGUCCAUAGCCCGGGGAGCGACGGCACGCGCCGCCGCCUCUCCGCGUGUCUCCUCGGCUCUCGGAAACGGUGCAGCCCGAAGGAAUUCCCUCAGAGCACCCACACCACCAACGGCAGGACAGGAUACCAAAGAAUCACUUGCGACGGCGUUGAAGCAAGAAGUAGAGCAGAAGGAGCAUCUCUUGGUUCAAGUACAGGACAAAGAGCAGACCAUCUCCACCCUUGCUUCCGACAAUGACAAACUCACGUCGUCCCUACACGCUGCCGAGACGCGGUUGAACGAGCUCUACGCUGACCAGGAGAGGUCCGAAAGGGAGCUCGCCCAGCGCAUUGAGGUCGCAGAGAAGCUCCGCACGCAGGUGCGCGAGCUCGAAAAGGAGAAACGGGACCUCCAGCGGAGGUACAAUGAGCAGACUGCGACGUUCGAGGCUGAACGGCAGGCGUUCUACGACAACGAGCAGCACCUCAAGUCCCGGAUACAGACGCUUAGCCAGGCGAAGAAGGCGGAUCGCGAGUCGGCGCCCACGGAGGAGCCCGAGACGGACGUCGAUGAGGAGCCGGAUACGGUCUCCAAGAUAUCUGUCCGCCCGCCGACGCCGAAGCAGGAGACCAUCGAGGUCGAGGAGGAGCCCGCCGAGAUGACUUCCCUUCGCCUGGAGCUCUCCACACUGUCCACAUCCUACUCGUCCAUGCAGAGCACCCUCGUCCUCCUACAGGGCCAACUCAACGACCUCAAGCGGGUCAACAACGAGCUGCAGGAGGAGAACGAGAGCUACAUGAUCCUGCUCCGCGAGCGUACACUCAACGGCCAGUUCAACGUCAUGAACUCGAUGGGUGUCGCUUCGUCGAGUGUUGACUCCGAAAGCGAGGAGGAAGAGUCCAACAGCGGCGGCGACCGUGGCAGCCUUCGCAGUGCCGGCCGCAGCACCCUGGAGAAGGUCGAGGAGGAAGACCACGUCCCCGAGACUCUCGACCAGCAGCUCGAGCGCAGCUUGGCCGCCAACCGCUCUGACUCCCCCGCAUCCCGCGGCGGUCGCAAGAAUCGUAGACGCGGUCAGUCCACUUCGCAGUCUCCUGCCCCUCGCGGCGAGACCCUCGCCGACCUGCCAAUCACCGGCCCCGGCCUCGACCUUGCCGCCGAGCUCGGCCGCGCCGAGAACAAGGACUUCCUCGAUGGCAGUACCAACCUCGACAAUGACCAGUCCGUUGUUAACGCUAACAAGAAGCGCGGGAAGAAGGGCUCAGAUACGCGCGCGCAGAACGCUGGCACCCUGGAGCCCAGCGGCUCGCUCAACGACAUCGACUCCCUGCGGAACGAGGUCAAGGCGCUCAAGGAUGCUAACAAGGCACUGUCUUUGUACGCCUCCAAGAUCGUCGACCGCAUCCUCGCGCAGGAGGGCUUCGAGCACGUUCUCGCCGUCGACUACGACAAGCAGCCGACGACGCCCAAGACGCCCGCGCCCACCACGUUCGAGAACUUCAAGAUGCCCGCGAAGCCGCGCCCACAAUCUGCCUUCGUCGGCCGGUCGUCCACUAACCCGACGCCCGACGCCAAGAGCUCCGGCAACAGUUUCCUCAGCCCGAAGCUCGAUGGCCCGUCGAACCCUUCGCCCUCCGCGCGCGCGAGUCGGCGCUCGAUGUCUUUCGACUGGCGCUCGCUCAACCCAUUCGGCGGGGAAAAGAAGCCCGAAGCGCCAACGCUGCGCCCGUUGCAGCUCAAGUCUGGGCAGGCUGUGAACGCGCGUAAGCUGGAUACGGAGGAGGAUGAAGAAGACCGGAAGGAGCGCGAGCGGCUGCAGGCGACCAUGAAGCUCAUGGGCUAUGAGCCUGCUCCCGCGCCGUCGCCCGUCAUCACCUCCAACCCCGCGGGCGUGCAGCGCUCGCACUCGACGUCGUCUGCGACGCCCACUGCCUCAGCCGCGCGCCGCUGGUCACUCUUUGGGCCGAAGUCUCCCAAUCCGAAUGACACCCAUUCCGCGUUGUCGUCGCCAGGGCUGGGCAAUGGUGCAGAUAACCCAGGGCUGACGCAGGAGGCGCUAGAGCAUGUCGAGGCUCAGAACUCGCUGGCGGCGCUGGAUGCGCGAGAGCGACAGCUGAGCGCGGAGCUCGCGAAGGGUGGCAGCAGCGGCUUCACCGAGAUUCAGAGGCGUAGUCCAGGGAGCCGGCGCGGGAGGCGUAGCGCGGGGAGUGGGUCGACCGUGUGGUCCGCUGGCAUGAGCGGCACGGGGGAGGAUGAGUAGACAUCCGUCUCGAUGAGGACGCGCGUAGAGGCGAAGAAGUAGAAGAAGGAAGGUGGACCUGCGAUACCACAGUCCGACCGACGACCGACGAACAAAGGAAAUGGAACGGAACGGAAGGAUUCACGGUUGCGUGCCAAAGCAUUGCGACUUGCAAGCCAUGGCAUUGUAACGACUGACGAUAUAUGAUAACGACCAUUUAUGUUGAUAGUAUCGACUGCUCAUGUCGGUAUGUCGACGUUCAUGUGGAUAUGUAUACCCUCACGAUACUUAUGUCCCCCGGUACUGGGCUUUCGGUGUUCAUGUUUUUACUUGUAGAUGCUUCUCUAAUGAGACGACCGAUCUUUCUCGCUUUC